AUGGCUAUUGCGCUAAAUCUGCCGGUUGACGACUUAAAGGUUGAUAACUAUAUCUCCACCAUUCAACUUCCUUUCAACUCUCAAGACAAGAAGCACUUCCUCGGCUACGACGAUAACCUCCACUGGCAACCUUACAAGCUACGCUGGUCAGAGCUAGAAGCCAUUUGCCAAGCAGUUUCAAUCACUGACCGCAAGUAUUCGCAUCCUGGGCUGCCGCUACUCAUCCUGGCUCGCUUUGCGCCAAUAUGCAUUGGUGACGAUGUUGAUCACAUAGUGGAAAUACUAGUACAGGCCUGGAAAAAUCUUGGCGAGGAUAUUCUUACAGACGAUCAGAUCCGACAAGUGAUUGAGAGAAUCGACAAUAGAGAUAUGCAAUUAUGCUGGCAUUAUGACGAAUCGAGAAGUUAUUGGUGGGUUGGCAAAGGUCUGGAUGAAAGUACGGCGACAAAAGCAUACACUUAUCGUCGAAGUCGAGAAUUGGAUUGCGAAGAGCCUUUUCCGAACGAGCAGUGGAAUGCGUUCAUUUCUGCAGUGCAAAAUAUCGUAGAUGAGUCCAGUACUACCAGAAAUGCACAUGAUAUUGCAUUAGCCUACGAAAAGAACACAAUCGACAAGUUUCGACCGCGCAAGCGUUACGAUCUGACCAUGACCCUGGACUUGGCCAUGGGAGAUUUCCUAGUGGAUAAGGCUGCGUUUCAAGACUCUCGGAGCUGUUCUACAAUCUCACUGCCUCGGCAAGGCCGGAACCCUUUACCAAGAGGGUACAACCGUUAUGGGUAA